UGUCAGAAUCUAAUAGCAAUCUACCUAGUAUCUACCUUCGACUACCUUUAACUUUUAAGGAGUACAUUUCGAAAUCAGGCUAUUUACCUAUGAAUAUUAAUAAUAUUGUGAUGUAAAUAACAAUUUUAUUAUAAGUUAAAUCUGUUAUGGCACUCGGUUUAAGAUACUUCAUUUAUUCCGUGAAACAUCCCAGAUUUACUACAUUGCGUAAUAUAAUGACUACUUCUUCUAAGCUCGAAAAGGCUAUGGAAAACUUACAAAACAACCCUUAUUAUGAAAAGUACGCUGAUAGGAUUGCUGCACUACAAAAAACCUCUCCAGAAGAAUUUCUCAAGAGGGUAGAUAGUCAACAUAAAAAUAAAGAACACGAAAAAAAAAAAAAAUUUGCCGGACCAGUGGACACGCGCCAAUUUUCUUCAGUACUCAAUCCUAAAGGCCAUCGGAGUGAAGGUGCCAGUGUUGAGGAUAAAAAAUUAAAUGAUAUUUUAAAGUUAGAGUUGGUGCUAGACAAGAGUGCUGCAGAAGUCCAAAAUAUCUGGGAGGAGUAUCAUAAAGAUAAAGAAGUGAUAUCUGCCACAAUCCCAAAGGAUUCUUAUGUAUCCAUUGCACAAAAUAUGAAAGAAUUUCCAACAUUCUUGUUUCCACUCCCACGAUCACAAGGCUAUGAGUUUAUAAUGUGCCAAAGUUUUGGGAAUGCUGUUCAUUUCACUCCACUUUUAGCUUUUCAGGUACAUAAAGAAAAUGCCCCGGAGUGCUUGACUAUGGUUCAUUAUUUAGAACUCAAGGAAAAGGGAAUUGUAUUGAUGAGAGGGGAUUAUGACAAGAAUGUUCUUGAUGGAAAAGAAGCCCAGUGUCUGGCCAACCAGUUCCAGAUGUAUUACAGCGGGAAGGAUCCCAAGAAAGUCACACUCUUAGAACUGUUCAACAGAAGUCCAGACACAUUCAAACACAUGGACUUGAUUGAAGAAUUAGAGAGCAUACAAUUAGUUUAAAUUUUUGGGAUACAUUAAAAAUUAGAUAACGCAAA